AUCAUUUUAUAAACAAUGUUUGAUUGAAAAAACAUCAUUUGAAUCUAUUUUUUUUACUGAAAUAAAUAAAUUCCACAAUAAAGAUAGCAAUAAGUGUGACAAUCGCGAAAAAACUAAUAUUAUAUAGAAAAAAAACAUUAUCAUUAUCAUCAACAUCAUCAUCAUGAAUAUCACCAUCAUUAAAUUGAUUGUGUUUUUGAUUUCAAUUGUUCACGAUAUAUUCGCAUUUCAACAGCAGCAACAACAACAACAACAACAACAAAAACCAUCAUCAGCGAUAGGACAAAAUGUUCAAUUAGAACAAACACUUCCGAAAGGAUAUUAUGCAUUUGGUAAAGCAGCAUUAAAUGCUAGACCACCUAAAGUACGUAAACCACCAUAUUUACCAAUAUCAGGUGAAUGUCCAGGAAUUCAAGAUGCUAGUUCAUUACUUUCAAAACAUAAUAUGUGUGGUGAUUUAAAUCGAGGUCUAAUUCCUCGUAAUCCAAUGGGACAAUAUGUUCAUGGUGAACCAUAUCCAUUUGAAUUGAUCAAAAACAAAACUCUACAAUAUUUAUCAAAAACUUUGCCAUAUUUAAAAGAAGAAAUCGAUAAUGUACCAAAAGUUGCCCGUUUUGUAAAGCCAUCAGAAUUUUUCGAAAAUCAUUCCAAAAGACAUACCCGACAGGCAAAUUUGCAGGAAUUGAAUAUAAAUAUAGAAAAUUCAACUAAUGCAUCACAAAUGUCAUUCAUGGAAUCGAAAAUGAAUAUAAAUUCUAAUAAUAUGACCAAACAAAACCGUCAAAAUGGAUGCGAUGGUAAUGUUAUUUGUCAGGCAAUUGAAUCAUUGAAAGAAGAAGGUCCAUUUUCCAAAUCAUUUUUGAGUAAUGUUGUUUCAGCUGUUGGAAAUGUGGCUAGUAUUAAUAGUGUUGUAUCUUUAAUCGAUCAAUACGGACAAUCAGUGAAUCAAACGAAUCCAUCAUCUAGUAGUCAAAGAUUUGCCCUAUCACAAUUAUUAUCAUCCAUCGGCUCUGAAAGUAGUAGCAGCAAUAAUAACAAUAACAAUAACAAUAAUAAUAAUGCCGGAACAGGAAGCUCUUACAGUCCAUUAUUAUCGAUAAUCGAUUAUUUACAAAGUUUGCAGACACCUAAAUUUGCAACAAAACGAAAAACAUCACCAGAUGUAGAGGACAUUAUUCCUGAUGGAAAUGAAAAACCUCAAACACCAUGUAUGUCAACUGAAGAAUAUAUUUCACCGACUUACGCUCGUAACUAUCAAGGUGUAUGGAAAUAUGUUGUGCAAAUACCAAACGAAGGGUAUUUUACGCAAACAAUUCAACAAACAACUUGCUUGAAAAAUAAAUGUGAUCUAAUUGAAGGAUCAUGUAGAGAAUCACCAAGGUGGGUCAGCUUAUUGGUAGCCGAAAUAUUCUACCCGGAUAUUUAUUUUCCGGUCAAUCAAAUAAUGCCAAUGUUAUAUAAACAACAACAGCAAAUGAUUCAACAACAAGGAUCAACAACAUACAACAAACCAUUGAACCAAAACGCCCAACAACAACAACAACAGCAACAACAAACGUUAAACAAUAAUGGCAAACGAACAUCAUUUCAAUCUGGUUCCAAUCCAAUUAUCUCAACUGCUUCAUCGAUUAACUUGAAUCAAUUGAAUGGCCUAGAUAUGAAUGCUUUAACUAAUUUACUAACAAAACGAAUUAAUAAUGAUCCAUCAUUAUUGAUCAAUCAUUUGGGAAGCACAAAUAAUAAUCAUAAUAAUAAUAUUCAUUCACUUAAUAAUAAUCAUCUUCAUCAAUUUGGUCUACAAAAUCUGGAAUUAUUAGCUAGAAAAGCUCGAUUACAACAGGAUAUAAAUGGAAAUGAGCUGAAUAAUGUUGAAGAUAAUGUUUCAGAUUCGAUAGAGAAUUCUUCUUCAUCAAACAAUAAUGACAAAUCAAAACAUUGUGAUGGUUAUGAUAAAAUUGGUUGCUACGUUGUACGAGUAUAUUAUGAUUGGUUUCUAGUGAAUGGUAGCUGUAAAUGUUGGAAGUCAACAUCCGGUUCAAGUAUAAAUGAAACAAUCAAACGAAUUUUCAUUGGAAAAUGGAAGAAAAAAUAA